AUGGCUUCACCCCUACUACCCAUCCCAGCCCCGAUCAAGAAGUUCUUUUCUCUCUUCCCGCUUUACAGGUAUCCAGCAAACCUACCACCACCCACACCGCUUACCAACGCACGAGGCGCAGUACUUUUGAUUGCUCCCCCCGCCUAUGCGAAAUAUGCUUCAGACUCGGACCUCUUCGAUCUCCCUCCGGGUGUAUCGCAUCUAUCUGCGGAUCCCGAGUCAUUGAGAUGGCAAGCAUACAUUGCACUUCAUAAAGUUAACAACGUACAUAUCUCUUGGGCUGUUGGGCUCGAAAGCGGAGUGCCUAAACUUGUGUUGCCUGCUGGAUCAAGAAAACCGCUGGGAGUUGAUAUAGACAGCCUUAACGAGAGCUUAGGAGAAGAAAGCUCGGAAGCAAACGAGAGGGCUGAUAUCAAUGAGAAAACUCAAGACACAGUGGAAGCCGAGGCUGUCCGGGAAGUGAUUGACCCUGGUCGAAUUCCUGCAUGGGUAGACGAAGUACAAGGAAGGGGCAUAGAUGCGCUAGAAGGGUUUAUAGAUGCUGCUACGAGAGAUGAGAGUCGGGCAUGGGUCGCACUACUAGAAGGAGUAGUGCGCUCAGCACUGCUACUCGCAACCCCGCCGCCACCUUUCCUCGAAUCUUUGCUUCGACCGAAACCAACGGGUGUUACUAUUCAGUCGACGCUUAGCCCACCUCCACCACCUCUCGUUGGACUCAGCACCCCAUUACCUCUCCCUCAAACCUUACCUCGUGUCUCUAGCAAGAGCCUAAAGAUCGAGUUUAAAGAGGCAAUGCAUGCGUUAGAUGGGCGACUCGGUUCAGACGAAUGGUUCUUGGGCUCGAGGUAG